CGGCCUCGGCGAAGCGAAAAGGAAGAUGAUGAGCUAAAGAUGGGUUUCGGCCAUGGUUAUUCUUCUUUCUGAUAUUUGAUGAAUCGUGUAUUUGGAACAAAAUGGGAUACAUACUUAUAAUUUUCUAUAUCGUCCUGUUUGUAAUUUGUUUAUUAUUUAUUUCAAGAUGUUUAGCUGUACUCUUAUCCAAACUGUUGAGCCUGAUCCUGAAGAAAAACAUUGCUGUAGAUUAUGUUGGUUUCUUCUCACUAAGAAAUGUCUCCAUAAAUCUGGAUACAGGCAGUGUGGCAUUUGAUAACAUCUGGGUAUCAUGGAGAUUUUUCAACUCACAACAAGAAUUGCCAAUGGUUCUACAUAUAGGAGACAUGAGUAUAAGAGCAGAUCUGGCACAUGAACAGAGAGUAAAUAGUUUAGGACAUGAAGCGAAGAAACCGAAGAAGACUCAAGGAGCAGUGAUGAAGAAAUAUAUAAUACCUACAAUAAGAAGAAUAGUUCAGGCAGUUGAAAUUAUGGUUGGUGACCCUACGCUGAGGCUUCAUGAAGGUUUCCUUAUGACAGCAUCACCCCCUAGAGCACCUAAGCCCAUAGCUGAGGACAUCAUUAGUGAGGUUGAAGUUCCUGAUCCUGAGCCGGAACUCAGUUCAGAGCAGAGGGCUACACGAUUCGUGAACAAGCUACCAAAGGAAGCACGAUUUCAGAUGGAAAAUGUCAAUAUUCACAUUGCAUUCCAAAGCCAUCAUAGAUCCUUGCAUCUUAGUAGUGAGUGCAUAGCAGGUACUAGCAGUAUUGAUACGGAAGAACUUGUGUCAUGUGACAAAGAUGGUGAACUAUUUCUUCCAAAGGCUUCCUUCAACUUUAAUUUUACAGACAUUACAAUCAAAAACCGGCAAGGAACUAGCUUGUUCGCCUUGUCAAGUUUUGAAACAACCAUUGGUGCAUGCGAUGAUGGUAUUUAUUCUGGGGUAGCUGUAGACAGUUGUCAUUUCACGUACUAUGAGGAGGAGGCCACGUUCUGGUUCGGUAUGUUGCGUGAUUAUAAAACUUGGUAUGAACUCCUUGAGAAGGAUCUUGCUGUACAGAAGAUGCCUAAAGCCAGCAAGGUUUUUCUUCGUUUAUUUCCAAAUUCUCACUACCAGUUGAUGCAGAUUUUCAUCUUCAGGAUUUUUCAAUUUCUACCGUGUUGCCAAACCUUCCCAGGUGCUCCAUGAUUGGGUCAACGGUGAAGCUAGACUUUAAGGUUUUUAUUGACAGAGCCUUUCUUCUGAAGAGGCAGCAAAGAAAUAUAAGUGGUGUAUUGCAAGUGGACAAGCUGUUCUGUGUAUUAGAUGAAGCAAUGGCACCAAAUACCAGCCUACCUUCCAGUAAACAUGUAUGGGGUGCCCCAUGUGCA